AUGCAACUGAUCCGCUCCGCCCACAAACCGGACACGGCCUCCAAACAGCCAACAGAAACCUUCCCCGGAACAGUUCACAUGGACCCAGUCUUUACCGCAGAAGACGGCUCAUGCAUGGGGAACAAUGUCUGCUUCACGCCCGGCGCUCGUACUUUUUGGCAUACACACGAGAAAGGCCAGAUCCUAACCGUGACGAUGGGAUCAGGUCUGAUAUGCUCAAAGGGCGAGAAGCCGAGGAAGUUGCAAGUUGGUGAUGUUGUGCAUACCACAGCUGGAGAGACACGUUGGCACGGUGGCACGAACAGUACUGUCAUGGCGCACAUGGCGAUAUCGUUGGGCAAGACGAGCUGGCACGAUGAAGUACAGCAGUCAGAGUAUGAAGACGCGCAUCAGACUGCGACUUGA